UGGUCCACAGCUAUUGUUGGCUGUGGUAAGAGAAAGAGUUUGGCCAAUAAAUGGUAGACGCUUAGCCAGACGAGUGGUUAAUAAUUGUGUGCGUUGUAAACGUAUUGCAGGCAAAACUUUGAGUCCUAAAAUGGGAAACCUUCCUAUUCAAAGAAUUACUCCAGAUCAUCCUUUUUUAUCUGUGGGCAUGGAUCUAGCUGGACCCUUCUUAAUUUUAAAUCGACGAGGCCGCGGUAGUAAGCUCAUUAAAUGCUACCUUUGCCUAUUUGUGUGCUUACGCUAUAAAUGUGUUCACUUAGAGGCUGUCAGUGACUUAUCGAAAGAUGCCUUUCUGAUGGCUUUUCGUAGAUUCAUAGCUCGUAGAGGAAGGCCAGUGGAAGUAUUUUCCGAUAACGGACGAAAUUUCGUUGCUGCGGCCAAGGAAAUCGGUCAAUUUUUAAAGCAAAAUUCGGAACCAAUUGUUGAGUUUGCAAGUCAAGAAAAUAUUAAGUUCAUUUUUAGUCCGGCAUACGCUCCUCACUUCGGUGGUAUUUUUGAAGCCGGGAUAAAAUCCGCGAAACACCAUAUCAAACGUAUACUAGGUAACAGCCACCUAACAUUUGAGGAGAUAACAACAUUGUUUGCGCAAGUUGAAGCCAUACUAAAUAGCCGUCCCUUGUAUCCUCUAUCAUCCUCUCCUAACGAUUUCCUCCCACUUUCUCCUGGACACUUUCUUAUUGGAAGACCGUUGGUAUCGCUGCCCUCUCCAAAUUUGCUUGAUUGCAAGGAGAUCACAUUAAGAAGAUAUGAACGCUUAGAGAAACUCCGCCAGCACUUUUGGAACAAAUGGCAACGGGAGUAUAUUUCUGAAUUACAACAAAGAAGCAAGUGGAAAACUAACUGCGAUAAACUACAAAUCGGUGACAUGGUACUCAUACAAGAGGACAACAUACCACCUAUGAACUGGAGACUUGGUAGAGUCUCCCGACUAUUUCCUGGGAAUGAUGGAGUCUGCAGAGUAGCGGACAUUGACACCACAAGAGGAUCCGUACGAAGAGCAUUAGUUCGGCUGUGCCCGCUGGUGGCACCUGAAGCAGAUGAUCAACUCGGUUGA